AUGAAAAUGGGAAUCUCCAUCAUUCUUCUGCUCUGUGUGAUUGGACCAGUCCUGAAUGUACCUUUACCACCAAAUUUACAGAUUAUAUUUCCUAAUCUUAAAACGCUUGACAAUAAAGACACAAACACACAGGACACCAUACUGGGUGAAUUAGCAAACAAUCCAGCUCCCCUCUCCCUUGUACUGCUGCUGAUCACGGCUUCUCUAUCUGUGAUUGGUUAUGAAGGGAUCAAAGACAGCAAGUUCCCGACGAUUGAGGGAGACAUUCUCAUUCAUCCCAGAGGUCGCAGUGCCAUAAACUCUGCAAGCUCUCUUUGGCCCAAAUCUGCAGAUGGGACUGUUAUAGUGCCAUAUAACCUCUCGUCCAGUUACAACACUCAGCAAGUCAGCUUGUUUAACAGUUCCAUGCAGGAGUUCCACACCUUGACCUGUAUACGCUUUGUACCCCGGACAACAGAGAAAGACUUCCUCAAUAUUGUAGCCACAGGAGGCUGCUCAUCAUGCGUUGGAAAAGUAGGAGGUGGCCAGGGGGUGAACCUCGCUGCCAGUGGUUGUAUGUCCAAAGGAACCAUCCAGCACGAACUUGAACAUAAUCUGGGCUUUUUCCAUGAGCACUCUAGGAGUGACCGUAAUGACUUUGUUACUAUAAUGACCCAGUAUAUCUCACCAGGUGAAAUAAUCAACUUUCAGGAAAAGCAGACUAAUAACCUGGGUCUUGAAUAUGACUAUGGUUCUGUGAUGCAUUAUCCCGGAAACGCGUUCAGUAACACUUCAGGAAAGAACACCAUUGUACCUAAACCUAACCCUUCUGUACCAAUUGGACAAAGAGAUGGAGUGAGUCCUCUGGACGUGUCUAAAAUCAACAGACUCUAUCAAUGUGAUGUUUGUGCUACAUUGCUCAAUACUAUCAAUGGAACUUUGACUUCGGCCAAUUAUCCCUCUGCAUAUCCUCAAAAUUCCAGCUGUGUUUGGUUAAUAAGAAUCCCAUCUGGCAAGGUUAUGCUGCAGUUUAAUGCCUUUGAUGUGCAGUCCUCUCCUGGCUGUGUGUCUGACUACAUUAAGAUUUACGAUGGACCCAGUAAGACGUCCCCAUUGUUGCUGGAUAGAUCGUGCGGCUCAGGAGUCGUCCCUCUACUGAUGUCUACUGGUAGCCAGAUGCUUAUUGAGUUUGUCAGUGAUGGUUCUCUUUCAGCGACAGGAUUUAAAGCUACUUAUACCUCAGUACAAUGUGGAGCCAUUUUCUAUGCUUCAGCAAAUACCUUCACCACUCCUAGCUUCCCCAACAAUUAUCCUCCAAAUAUGAACUGUAUCUGGAAAAUCAUCGCUCCGGCAGGAUACAAGAUCAAAUUAACUUUAAUUAAUUUUGACCUGGAGGAUGCGUUCUCAAAUUCCUGCAGCUAUGAUUCUCUGUCCAUUUAUAAUGGGCUAGAUACCUCUUUGGGACCAUCACAGAUAUUAUGUGGCUUGUUAUCUUCACGAACAGUUUAUUCUGCUGGAAAUUCAAUGAUGCUACAAUUCAUUAGUGACGAAUCUGGCCAGUAUGAAGGCUUCAAGGCUUCCUAUGUUUUUGUGCCACUAUCUUAAAGGAAGCUGGG